AUGAGCGAGCCCCAAAAUAGCAAGCCCCAAAGUUCAACGAGAGACUUUGUCUCAAAAAACAAAGUAGAGGUGGGUGCGUUGAAGAAGACCACCGGCCUGGUGGGAUUGGCUGUGUGCCACACUCCACACGAGAGGCUAACAAUAUUGUAUACAAAGAUUCUUGAUAUUCUGAAACAGUUCCCUCAACAUGCAGCCUAUAGAAAAUACACAGAACAGAUCACCAAUGAGAAGCUGGAUAUGGUCAAGGCGGAACCAGAUGUUAAAAAAUUAGAAAAUUUGCUUCAGGGUGGUGAAGUAGAAGAGGUGAUUCUUCAGUCUGAACAUGAACUAAGUCUGGCAAGGAAGAUGCUGCAGUGGAAGCCAUGGGAGCCACUGGUGGAAGAGCCUCCUGCCAACCAAUGGAAGUGGCCAAUAUGAUUACAGUGUAUGAUGGUUGAUGCCAAUUAAAUGUGCAAUUAAAUGUUCUGUUAUGCUAAAAAAAAAAAAAAAAAGUAGAAA